AUGUGGAGGCGCAUUUCAGCCGGGAGUCUGCUGGUUCACGUCUCUGCUACACAUCGCUGCGUCGCGAAGCGUAUACCGCCGCCACUGCCUCCAGGAGCUCGUGGCACACCGCCACGUGCUGCUUCUUUUGGAAAAUUACCGCCGCCUCCGCCGUUGCCGGGCGCUGUUGCUGCUUCUACCGGCGCUGCACUGCCGUGGAAGUCACCGCAGGAGGUGUUGUCGGCAUUUGUUGAAUUUAUUCCAACCUUCUACGUCCCUAUUCAUUGUGUGGCGGCAAUACUCUCAGAGGACUGCCGCAAGCAUUUUAUCGGGCGUGGCCGCUUUCUUUCAUUUCUGAAGCGUUACCGUUUUUUCUUUGACUUGCGCAUUAUUGAUGGGGUUCGAUGUGAUGUCAAACUGCGAGAUGACUUGAGUCACCCUCGUCGUGGCGCCGCGGACGAGAAGUUUGUUAUGACGGAUGUGGGGGAUGUCAUCAACUAUGUUGCCAAACCGGAGUUCAUCGUCUCCAUUGAGUCGAUUGAGCAGGCAAACACGAGCGUGGCACUCAAACCCGCGUGCGCUCCGCCGGCGGUGCAUGUGCGGCUGGAAGAGAAGGUGCCGGUGCUGGAGCGACUCAAAGCGCUUGUCCCGGAGGAGUUUGCGUUGCUUGAUCACGUUGAGGAGGGCAUACCAGAGGAUGUCUUGUUUCAUCCGUACUUUGAUUGCCAAGGCGGUCUCAUUUCUAUUGCGUCAAAGUUUCCUGAAUUUUUCCAGGUGGCGGAUGGCAUGAUACGCCGUCGACCACCGCACCUCGCACCGCUUUCAGUGAACGACUACACGCUGGAGGACUCACCGAUUCCCAGCGUCGCGGGGCUUGUGAAGAGGGAGGUGUGUGAUAGUGAUAUCCCCCACUGGGUGAACAUCACGUCGCUCUAUGAGCAGCUGACGAGGGAGCAGAAGCAGCAGAUCAAACGGGAGUACAAGAGUUUUGCGGGAUUCUUACGCUCUCACGGACGCUCCUUGUCGCUUUCGCAGGAUAUGCUUCAGGUGGCGAAAUGGAUCCCACAUCAGCGACGGGCCCCAACCUCGGCAGCAUCUCCCGGUGCGUCUGACACGACAGGCAGCCCAGAGGGGACCACCACGACGGAUGGAAAGAGUGAUGUUGCACAGGCACAUGGCGUGACCGUUCAGUAUGAGUACACGCAUACACAGGUCAUCAAUGAGCUCUUUGACAAGUUUCCACCGCAUCGCACUUUAAAUUUGGAGGAGUUACUUGAACUUGUCGCUCCCGCGAUGCGCCCCUCAUUGCCGAAGAAGGUGCUGGCGUGGAUUGCCUCGUACCCGUCCUACUUCAUCGUGGACGACCCAACAGAGAAGGACCCCAGUAAAGCCCGCAUUCGACGCGCCUCGGAUCGUCAGCCACUGGAUGUGGCUCUGGAACUGUACCGAUGGAUCCCCGAGGAAGGGAUUUCCGAGGCGGCGUUGCUCACGAAGCUUUCGGAGGUUCACCGGGACUACGUGAAGCGAAUUGGACUGCGGCACAUUGUGGACUCCCUCUCCGAAUGGCUCAGUUUCACGGAGGCGCCAGGUGGCGGGGGCGGGGGCGCAGAGGGGGAGGAAAAAGUCUUUUUGUUAAGACGGCUUCAGACGGAGGUCGAACUCGAGCGUGCAAUUCACACAGAGGAGUCCAAGUUGGCCAGCGGCGACGAGAAUUCGCUGCCAGCGCAAAUUGAGGAUGCGGAGAUGGAGCGGCGAUGGCCAAAGCUAAAAUACGAGGGUACCAUGAGCCAACAACAAGCGUCAGUUGCGCGGGCACAGCAGCGACGGGGUCGUGGUGACAUUUAG